GAGCCUCUGACUACAGUACGGUUUCGGGAAGCUCUGUGUUUAUACAUACAUUACUUGCUCCCGGAUGAAUACCUGUUGAGUCAUUGGCUUAUGAAGGAAAAUUUUAGUUCAACGUUAACGCUGAUGUCAGGCAAUUGAAGUGAGCUUGACAGCUGACAGUUUCAAAAACUGUUAGAUUUAACACUUCACUCUGUGAACAGAUAGUUGCAUCCUGUGAAAAGGUAGUGAUAACUGAGCUACUAGUACCAGACUCUUAGUAUUAGGUGAGCAUGAGCUUAUUCGACACACUGUCAUAUCCGCCUUCCAAGCUGACAUUCACUCACAUCGCCAUUGCGUCCUGAAUAUUCCCACAGCGAUUACAUAGACGAAGUGGAGUCAGAGGCGUUGUUCUAAGGUGUGGUUUCUCGUCGAUGUGUUGUACGGUGUUGAACACGACCGUUUCAGAGCCGUUUACACGAGUGAAAGUGAUAUCACCUCUACCACACUGCGUUCAUCGAACGCCAUUUAGGCUCUUCUCGCGGAGCUUGUGAAGACUGGGGCAACCGUUGAUGUCCUUUUGACAGAAGGACCUGCCUUGAAGAUGUGUGCUCCACAGUUGCUCAAGAGACUCUCCGGAGCUCUCAAAAUAACUGAACUGGUCUGUGUGAUCAUCGCGAUAUCUAUAUUCAAAGGCGCCAACGUUGAGUUUGACUCUCAGAACCCAGAGCCCAAUACACUCGCCACUGGAGUACUGAUAGGAGCGUUUUUCAUAACCCCCAUUCUUUUGAUAUGUUAUCUGGUUGGCCAGAGGCAAUAUUUGCAGCAGACCUUUUUAGAAAUCAUGAUAAAUUUCCUGUUCUUCGCCGGUAUGCUAACCAUAGGAGUUAUCGGGAUCAACUCCUGGCAAGGCCACACUGGGACGGUCCACAUCAGAGACAAGGCUCUCGCGAUGUCAUCGUUUUGCAUUCUGGGAUGUUUUGCCUAUUUUGCUGACUUCGUCGUAGCCACCAUAGUCUACAAUGAAUGAAGAAGUCGUGUUUUAUGUUUGAAUAGUAUAGGAUUAAAAUGUAGGUCUUUUUAUCCCUUUUACGUUAACUAACUUCGUUAUUGUUCUUACUCCUUUUGAUUUGUCGUUGUCUAAUUAAUUAAUUAUAUAUUUGGUAAAGAAUUGUUGUUCCUAAAGAUAAAAUUGUCCAUAAGUUUUUUUCCUAGGUUAUAUAUUUCACCAACAAUUUAGGCAAUAUUCCUUAUUAUUUUAUUUCCAAAUGUUUUCUUAAAGGUUGUAUUAUGAUAUAUCAUUUUCAAAUUACAAUGUUAUUUUCACGCAACAA